GGGUAGCCAAGGUAGUUGACUUAGUGUAGCUGGGCGCCUGCGGAAGGCACGCUUUCGCUCCUUUCGGAGUGCCUGGUUCGGGCUCUCCUCCUCCGCCAAACAUGGACUUCAGGGAAAUUCUCCUGAUAGCUUCCAAAGGACAAGGUGUCAACAAUGUACCGAAAAGGUAUAGUUUGGCAGUGGGGCCUCCCAAGAAAGACCCAAAAGUUAAAGGUGUCCAAUCAGCAGCUGUACAAGCUUUUCUUAGAAGGAAAGAAGAGGAGGUUAGACGAAAAGCUUUAGAAGAAAAAAGGAGGAAGGAAGAACUAGUGAAGAAGCGAAUUGAACUCAAACAUGACAAGAAAGCGAGAGCUAUGGCCAAGAGGACUAAAGAUAAUUUCCAUGGUUACAAUGGGAUUCCUAUAGAGGAAAAGUCCAAGAAGAGGCAGGCAGUAGAAAGCCAUACUAGCCAGGGAACAGACCGAGACUAUGAGGUGGAAGAAGAGAAUGAAUUUUUUGAAUACAAUCAAGCAGAGUCAGAGCAGGAGUAUGAAGAAGAGCAAGAACCUCCCAAAGCUGAAAGCAAACCAAAGGUCCCCCUUAAAAGUGCCCCACCACCCAUGAACUUCACCGAUUUACUGAGGCUGGCUGAGAAAAAGCAGUUUGAGCCAGUGGAGAUCAAGGUAGUGAAGAAAUCGGAAGAGCGGCCUAUGACUGCAGAAGAACUUAGGGAGCGUGAAUUCCUUGAACGAAAGCAUAGGAAAAAGAAACCUGAGACAGAUGCAAAACUACCUCCAACUGUGUCCAAAAAGGUACCCUCUCAGAAAGAAAGUGUGGGCACAAAACUUAGCAAAGGUUCUGGGGACAGGCAUCCUUCAAAGGGAGUACCCUUUCCUCAUGCUGAGAAGAAAUCCAAACCCAGCCCGGGCAAUGAGAAACACUCAGCUUUGUCUUCAUCCAAAUUCAUGCCAGGAGAGAGGACCAAGGCAGGAUCUAGCAAUAGCUUCCAACCCUCAGUUCGUGAGGGUCAUGACAGACCUGUUUUCAAUGGGGCUAGAAAGCCCCACUCUAGCACCUAUUCACUAAGUGUCCCAAAGACUUCUGUUAGUGGGACUCAGAAAUCUGUUACUGAGCACAAAGCCAAAAAAUCUCUUUCCCACCCUAGCCAUUCCAAGCCUGGGUUGAUGGUUACCCCACACAAUAAGACUAAGAGUCCAGGUAUCAGGCAGCCAGGCAGUAACUCAAGCUCAGCCCCUGGGCGGCCCAGCAUGGGAACUACUCGGCCCACACAUAGUUCUGGCCCUCUGCCCAGGCGCCAGAAUGGCAGCUCCAGCUCAGGACCUGAGCGGUCGGUCAGUGGGACCAAGAAACUAGCCAGUGACACACAUCCCUCUGGGAGGACAGUCUAUGGUACAAGUGGCCCUGGACGACCUGCAAGCGGCUCAAAUGGCCCUGGACAACCUGUCAGUGGCUCAGGUAGCUCUGGAAGACCUGUGGGCAGCUCUGGAGGCCCAGGGAGGCUUGUAAGCAGUCCACAUGACCUUCGACGACCAGUGAGUGGUUUAGGCCCCCCUGGGCGGUCAGUCAAUGGCCCCGGGCGAUCUGUAAGUGGCUCAGUUCCAGCUGGACGAACUGUCAGUAUUUCAGGUCCUGGAAGACCAGUUAGCAGUUUAGGACCUGGGCGAACAGUUAGUAGCCCAGGUCCUCCCACAAAGCCCAAGUGUACUGUUGUCUCAGAGACAAUUUCUUCUAAGAAUAUUAUUAGUCGGUCCAACAAUGGACAGAUGAAUGGAAUGAGGCCUCCUCUAUCUGGCUACAGAUCUGCCCAAGGUCCUCAAAGACUUCCCUUCCCUACUGGUUACAAAAGGCAGAGAGAAUAUGAAGAUGAUGAUGAUGAUGAUGAUGAAUAUGACUCUGAAAUGGAUGAUUUUAUUGAAGAUGAAGGGGAGCCUCAGGAAGAAAUAUCCAAACACAUUCGGGAAAUCUUUGGCUAUGACCGAAAAAAAUACAAAGAUGAAAGUGAUUAUGCCUUACGUUACAUGGAGAGUAGUUGGAAAGAACAGCAAAAAGAAGAAGCAAAGAGUUUAAGACUAGGUAUGCAAGAGGACUUAGAGGAAAUGAGACGUGAAGAAGAAGAAAUGAAACGUCGAAAGGCCAAGAAACUGAAGAGAUGUUAGCUGCUGCUUUGAUUUAUUUUUGUGAAAUUCUGGGAACACUGCUGCAAGGAUUUUCCUGCCUUCAGACUGAAUAAGCCCCCCCUUAUCAUUUUAGAUUUAUAUUUGGGUACUCAAGGAGAAGGAAUUCAUACUGUCAUUUGCAGGCUGUCAUUUGAGCAUAAAGUAUUUUCAGAUACUUCAGGGUAAAAUCCGUAAUGCAGAUGAUAUAAUGCCUGCUGUAUGGUCUUAGAAGUUAACUGUUCAGAUACCAGCCUUGAUCCUGAUGAGCUAUGCACUCUAAUAUGGGGCCACUCACCAGUCAUCCAAUCUUUUUAUUGUUCCUUUGCUACUUUAAAAGGUUUUUUAAAAACCAACUGCCUUUUGACUCCUUACAAUUCUGUUGAUGUGUGAGUAGGGCACUGCCUGGCUCCUAAUCAAACUUACUGUCGUUAUGAGGAACCUGGCCCUUCCAUGAAUGUUGCCAGCAAUAAAAGUGACCUAUCCUA